CCCCCUGCUUUGCUAGCCGCGGCAAACCGUAGUUCCUAUGAGCUCUAGUUCGUAACGCUUUAUUUGCUUUACCAACCGAAAGCGAACCUCAACAGGUAGCAGGCUGCUCGCUGCCAAGAGGAAUGAGAGUAUCGCUGCAUGCAGCUGCAGCAGUUCUGAGCGUUGGUGCUACUUCAGCCCAGGCCGGGAGUGAAGAAUGGACCAGGCGAAGAGGGGGGAGCCCAACCGGAGAUCGCUUCGCGUUCGUGGGAGGAGGAGCAGGGAUGGGCAUAAGAGGGGGGGAUGGCUUGUUGUUGACAACACCAGCUUCAGCAGGGAUAAGCUUGCGCCGGCGGCGAUCAGGGCAGCAGCAUGCCCUGUCGAUGCAGCUCAACAUGCUCCUGUAUGAUGACAACGAGUCCAUGGAAUACAAGCGCCGGAGCGUGACUCGAGGCAUCUUUGGCGAGCACGAGAAGGAGGUGUCGGGGUGGAUGAAGACGUUCAAGAGCUUGGACGGGCCGGAGAUGCCCUUCGACGAGAUGUGCGACAUGAUGGACCGAGGAGACUCGUUGCUCCGGGCCAGCAAGGAGAGCAGGGAGAAGAACAUGAGGAAAUAUAGGCACUUCGAUCUCAGGCGGAACCCGGAACUUCUCACCAAAAUCGAAGAAAUUGAGUUGGGGAGAAAAGUUCAAGAGCUUUUGCGGUGGGAGCGUGUGCGAAUGUUUCUGGAGAUGCGGUUGGGUAGAGCAGCGACGAUGGAAGAGUGGGCAGCGGAGCUGGCCACCAUGGGCGGGGUCGAAGGGCUAGAGAGGGAGAUUGGUAUCAUGAAGGCCGCGAGAGAUCGGAUGAUCUCGUGCAACCUGCGCUUGGUGGUGCACAUCGCCAAGAGGAAGUUCUACAAGGGGGCAUCGGGCACGCUAAAGGUGAGCCUGGAUGAUAUGAUCCAGGACGGUACUGCCGGACUGGUGAAGGCUGUCGAGAGGUUCGAUCCUGAGAAGGGUUUCCGAUUCAGCACGUAUGCCACGUGGUGGGUGCACCAGGGCAUCCACUGCGGCUUCGCGGACUGCGGGAGGGUGGUCAGAUUGCCCAUGAGCCUUCACACGAUGGUGUGCAAGGUGAUGAGGCUGCAGACGGCCAUGGUAGACCAGCUGGGCAGGCAGCCGACCGUGCAGGAGCUAUCGCUGGAGAGCGGGCUCGACGAGCGCAAGGUCGAGAAGUGCCUCCGUGUCAACCAAGUGGAACCCAUCUCCUUGGACGGGUAUCGCAAAGGCAAGAGCGGACACCUGAACUUCGAGAAUAGCUUCAGGAGGGAGCGGGUCGGGGAUAGCGUCAAAUCGGUACAGGAAACGGAACCAGUGGACGGUGCCGACGUGAGCCUUCUCAAGACGGACGUGGACACCAUCCUUGGGGACCUCUCGGAACGAGAAGCCUACGUCCUCCGAAUGCGUUUCGGCAUCGGCGGCUCUAGCCCUUCCACCCUCGAGACCGUGGGGCAAGAGCUACAAGUAACCCGCGAGAGAGUGCGCCAGAUCCAGAUCGCCGCGAUACAGAAGCUCAGGGGGAGGUCGCCCAGUCACGACCUCCUCUACGCGGACAGGGCAGUAUCUCUGGGCAGGGGGGAGGAAGACCCGGCGGCUGCGGUUGCCGCUGCCGCUUUGGCUGCCAGCGCGGCUACGGCAAACGAAGGGUGGGACGAGCGGAAGUACGGCGGGUUGCCACGGUCGGUUUUCAUAGAUCUAGUGACGCGGGCACUCGAGCCACCGCAGGACGAGAUGCUGGACAAGGAAGGGCGGGUUGUCACCGGCGGCCGGCGGCGGGUCAUGAUGGAGGCGGCGCAGGCCGAGCGGGCCUUAGUACCGAAGAAGUUGAAGAAGGGUUUCGUCAUGAAGAGGGCGUGUUCGCCGCGGCGAAGGGGACGGGACGGGGAAGGGGCGCCUGGACGAGGAAGCGGGGGGGGGGCUUCUCUUCCCGUGCCGAGGACCCCUUCCUGGCAACCAACGCUGCAGGUGGCGUAGCAGUACGUUCUGCCUGGCUUGCGGGCAUGUACGUCGUUUUCUGAAAGUUGACCUAACCAAGGAGGAAUCUUGGAAGGAAAGGGUUGAUCGAAAGGCAGGUGGAGUGGCACCUGAACUAACUGCUGUUGUGUGUCUUGCAGCUAAACCUUUGAGUAGGAGUGAGGCGCGUACACAAGAGGAGGAGUUAGAUUCGUCGUUUCCUGUUUCCCUCUCAUUCAUGCCUCCUUGUUGUCUACCUCUCCCCCCCCCCGACUGUUGCGGGCAGACAAACGGAAACCCGAAACUAAUCUGGUCGAUUGUGUAUUUUCCUGUCGCGAUGAGAGAGGUUGUUUUCACGGAUUUCCUGCAGCAGGAAGGCGUGUGUUUACCCCUGUAACUUUGCGGGGUCGCCCCCUUGGUCCGCCCGCAGGAGCUCAUUUGUUGGCCUCUGAUUACGCCACGAUUGGCAUGCUUUUGCGGGGUGGGGUGGAUUCGCGUUUUUUUGUUCCGAUGUAUCUAAUGUUGGGUUACGUUGAAGAGCCAGGGUGACGAUUGUUAAGCGGUAGGUGCACACUCGGUGCGUUAUCGAGUAAUUACAUAUCAUCUGUGUAAGGAGCCGCGUGUUGUUGAGCUUCAGCUGUGGAUGGUUGAUUCGACGGGCGGAUUGCGAGGGGCGCUGGUUGAGUGUAUGAAGCGUGGAGGUCUUGUCAGGUUUGGUGGGAGUCUGUCAUGUAGUGUGAGCAAGAGGCGUUCACGGUAGCGGAAGGGGUGGAGAACACCCAGGAAAAUUCCUCGAAGGUUUUCUCCCCCACCGUUUUUUUGCUUGUAAACCUCAUAACCCGCGGGAUUGUAUUCCAGAAACUUUCACCAAUCACCAAUGAAAACGAUCGAAUGUAGAUUCCGAGGAAAUGGCCGCAUCGAUGGCAUGGCAGUGCAUGGUUGUUGCUUGAAUUCGCACCCCUGUUGUAACGUCUUUUUUUGAGUACCCAGGUUCUACAGUUGCUUUAUUUCUGAAAAUAAUGUAUCGUGGGGAUAUGUUUGCGUGUUUGACGCCUCUGUCGUUCACCACAAACGCGUGGGCAGGAGCGCUGAGCGCGUAUUGGACGGCACGGUAUGAUGGCGGUCUACACUAGGUUGUCGGCGAGCCUGCUGGAGAUAUUUCCUCUACGAUAACUGUUCUGUUUAGCCAUCCAUUCUGAAGUUCCUGGAGUUUAACAGAAAGCAACACCGCGGUAGGCAGAAAGACGGCCCCCGAGAUCUCCGGGUACAUCAGUAGGGCAUUUCCAUCCUCCUUCGGCAGCGAGCUGCAGUAAUUACUGCAAC